ACUGUAGAACUAGAGGACAGUUUAAUGCAUUUUCAUAUCACUUUCGAGGAAGACGUUCUCUUGAUUACAGCUUUCAGGAGGACAAGCCCUUGAAGAAAAUGAAAAUGUCCAAAGCAGUAAGUUCUAUGAAACAGAGUAAAUACUUUCAUAACGCCACAUCAGCAUCUAAUGAAAAUACAAACACGCCCGCAGUGAAUGACUUCAAAGAGUUUGUUUUGGAAAUGCAAAAAACUAUUUCAAGCCUCAGAAACCAGAUAAAAAAACUUGAAUCACGCCUCAGUAAAACUGAUUGCACUGAUGAAAAGGGUAAAUCAUAUUCUAGCAAUGAAACCUGGAAAAGGGACCCUUGCACUGUGUGUGAAUGCAAGGUCGGUCAGAUUACCUGUUUUGUAGAAUCCUGCCCGCCAGCUGACUGCGAAGCGCCUGUGAAGGUUAAAGGAGAUUGCUGUCCAGUCUGCUUAAAACAAAAUAUUAAUAAAAAGAAGCCAUAAGUCUGCUUUUUAAGAAUUUAGGGUGCGCCCUCCUCAAAUCAUAUCAAUGCCUGCUGAUGGCAAAAACAGGUAACUACAGUCUUAGCAGUGGCAAGAAAACAAGAUUUACAAUAUUCUAAUGGUGCUGUAGCAGUAUAACGUUUUAUUUUCUGCCCAUGAAGGUAAUCACAAUGCAAAAAUUAAUGAAAGGGAAAUUAGCAAACAGGACAAAGUUAAUUGUGUGUUAAACUUCUC